AUGCUCCACAUCAACACUUCCACUUUCCACCCAGACACCUUUUUCCUUACAGGCAUCCCAGGACUUGAGGAUGCCCAUGUCUGGAUCUCCUUGCCUUUUUGCUUCAUUUACUUAAUGGCUCUGCUGGGCAAUGCUACCAUUUUGCUGAUUAUCUGGUCUGACUGUACUCUGCGAGACCACAUGUUCUACUUUCUAGCCAUCUUAUCUGCCAUAGAUCUGGCCCUCUCCACAUCCGCAGUGCCCCGGAUGCUGGGUAUCUUCUGGUUUAAUGCUCAUGAAAUUGGCUUUGGAGCCUGUGUGGCCCAGAUGUUUCUGAUACACACCUUCACAGGAAUGGAGUCUGCAGUCCUGCUGGCAAUGGCUUUUGACCGCCAUGUGGCCAUCUGUGCACCUCUCCACUACACAACCAUCCUGAUACCCUGAGUUCUAGCAGGCACUGGUGUUGGUAUUAUAAUGUGCCCAGUUUUGCUUAUGUUGCCCAUUCUCUACCUAACUUAUCGUCUGCCCUUCUGUGAGGCUCGAAUUAUUGCCCACUCCUACUGUGAGCAUAUGGGCAUUGCCAAGUUGGCCUGUACAAGCAUUCGGAUUAAUGACAUUUAUGGGCUUUUGGUGGCUUCUUUCCUCAUUUUGGAUGUGGCUCUGGUUGGAAUCUCUUAUGCCUACAUCCUCUGUGUAGUUUUCCAUCUCCCAUCUAGAGAUGCUCGUCACAAAGCCCUGAACACGUGUGGGUCACAUGUAGGGGUCAUGUGUGUUUUCUAUACACCCUCCCUGUUCUCCUUCCUCACCCACCGAUUUGGACAAAAAAUUCCCCAUUAUGUCCACAUCCUUAUUGCCAAUCUCUAUGUGGUCAUCCCACCUGCCCUCAAUCCUAUCAUCUAUGGUGUGAGGACAAAGCAGAGUCGUGAGCAUGUGGUUCGUAUUUUCACCUCAAAGUAG